AUGCUGAGCGUGAAUACAUCGGACAUUAUUUACGAUAGGCUAGUUAUGCUGCAACUCUACCUGUAUCCGACGAUAAAGGAUUUCGCUCUUGCAUUAGUGUUCAUACUGAAAAACGGCAUAAAUCACGGAAAGAAGGAGGAUGGCGCCGAAUCGUCGAAACCGCAUAAACCGUCUAUCGUCAACUCGUUAAAGAAUGUCAUGCACCGAAGCGGCUCAGAUUCACUUGAAUGGGUCGGUGGGUUGAAGCACACUAGAAGCGGUUUGUGCGACUCGAUUUCGCCAAGCAUGCUAAGCAAGAUUCCUGCGUCGGCGACCGAUAAAAUAGACGCCCUGCAGAGCUUCGUCAAAGAGCGCAAGUCGUUGCUGCUUGGCCGUCGAUCCACCGACUUCUCAAAC